CACCAAUUACUCUAUCCUUUUAAUAAUAUAAUCAAUCUGUUUCUCGAGUUCAUAGUCGAGUACUCAAUAUAUACAUCAUGGCUUCGAGUUCAAUGAGUUCAAGAAGGUCAACAUGGACGGCCCAAGAGAACAAGCUCUUCGAGAGGGCCUUGGCACGUUACGAUACCGAAACACCCGACAGGUGGCACAACAUUGCUCGGGCCGUGGGCGGCGGCAAAACUGCAGAAGAGUGCAAAUCUCACUUCCAGAUUCUUCUAGAAGAUCUCUACCAAAUCGAGUCCGGCCGUGUUCCCUUCCCCAAUUACAUGCAGUCAUCAUGAUCAUGCUUAGUCAAUUUUAAUGAACAAGUCAAUCCUGGUCAUUGAGAAAAGCCCCCUAAUUACUCCACCACUAAUUCAUCUCCUUUUAUUUAAUUAAUCUCUAUUUAAUGAUCUAAGUUGUGUGCGCAAACUGCAUGAGCUUUCUCAAUUUCUUAAAUUAUUAAUCCCUUUCAACACUAAGAAUCUGUCUUUCAGCACGAUUUUUAUUAUCAUUUUCUUAAUUACAACAUU